AUGACUCACGCCGUCCCAAUGCAACAGGCAACUGAAAACAUCGACGCCAUGUUCCCCAACUCUGGCAACGUGGACAACAUGACCAGUGAGACUCACAUCGAACCUUACCAAUCGCUUGAUCCCUCUCGUGCCUCGCUGGAGGACUACAACCGCUCCAUGCUACAAUACACCCAGCGCCAAAUGUCUUCCUUCGUUGACAUGGACGAGUCUCGCCGUGGAAGCCAGAGCAGCAGCAAGAGUGGUUUUAGCAUCACCCCUACCAGCGGUAUGUCCCGACAGGGCAAUGGAUCUUACACGUCUGUCAGCAAUGUCGAGACCAAGCAUGGUGGCCGCGACAUGGCCGAGGCUAAGUCCUCUGGAUAUUAG